AUGGCAAGCUUGACUCUUCUGCUGAUCUCUCAUGUGAUUUUCCUGGUCUCGGCUAUUCUGAAGCCUCCAACAAACCUCAGUCUCGUUUCUAAAAAUUUUGAGCACAUCCUGACCUGGGAUGACCCCAACAAUGAAUCGGUUAUCUACUACAAAGUGACCUAUCAGGAGGAUAGUCGUUCAGUUGUCGCUAGCAAAAGCUGCCGCAAUAUCACAAGCCGGUACUGUGACUUGACCAAGGACUUCAUAGAUGUUCUGUCCACCUAUAUCCCAAUAGUCCAUAGUUUCACAGAUCACGAAGUCUCCCUUGGAGCCACAGCUAAAGGUUUUUGCCCGCUUACAGAAACCUUUUUAGGCCCAGUUUUAGUGAAUGUGGUUCCCUGUGAUCAUUGUAUUAACGUGUCUAUCCAUCCUCCAAUCUCUCAUUUAUGGGAUGAAACAGAGCAGCGCAAUAUUACCAUGGUCAAUGAUGCGGUCUAUCCGUAUCUGGAGUACACCAUCCAUUUUGGAGACUCAGCAGAGAGUUUGCACAUGAAAAAACUGAGCAGUCUGAAUGCUACGGUUACCUUAAAUCUGCGGCCAAAUACAAAUUACUGUGUGUCGGUGGAUGUAAAAGCAGGUAUGAAUAUAGCACCUUUCAUACAAUCUGCCCCGAAAUGUGUCAUCACAGGAGAAGUCUCCAGAGUUGACAGAAUGCAUGUGAUUCUCCCUGUGGUGUGCGGCUUCUUACUGUUUCUUGGAAUAUUACUGUGUUUGUUUGCACUGGACAAAGCUGGAUACAUAGGCAUGCACAGGAAAUUCUUCCCGAAAGUGCUGAAAUCCUUGCCCCAGUCGGAGAGUAGAUACAGUGAAAGUAAUGAAUGCACUUCUCCGGCAUACAUUGUACCAGUGGAAGUAGUAAUUCAAGAUCUAGAGGUGGAGAAAAGCCAAGAAAAGGAAGACAAGUACAAAGAAGGGGGCUAUGCCAGCAGAAAAAGACUUUUGGACAGUGACACCAGUGCAGGAGACAGCAGUGGUCCUAUACUUUCAAGUAAUUCUUCGUCCUUGGAGUCCAGUGGUCAGAUGACCGGAUCCUCAGAUGAAGAGAGAAUCUCCACAACACACCCAGUAAGCUUAGACGUCAUCACAGAUUCAUCUGGGAGCGUCCCACCAAUACCAACCAAUGCCUUAGAGUCACCUUCAGACCUCCCGUUUGACAACCGUGGGGUCUUCAAUGUCAACUUAAACUCCAUAUGUAUGGGAAAUUCAGUAAAUAUGUGGACAGGCCUGCAAAAUAGAGGAACUUUGGAAGUGGAGCCAACUGAAGAACCAGAUAUGAACUCAGGACAAGGGCUCUCACUCAAUGGGGACAUCCCAGCAUGUACAGCCAGUGUAUUAGUAGAAUUGCAACCAACUGCAGUUGAGUACGGCAGUGAUAAUUAUGAAGAGGACCUCUCCGAUAAUAAUGAUUGUGAUUUGGAUGAUCAUGUUGUUUCAGGGUACAUGAGAAGGUGA